GAGCCCUGAAGCAAAGAAAUCUGGAUCACAGAAAAAGUAUUCAGGGGUCAUGCAAGCCAACUGUAGCCAACUGCACAGCCCUUCAGGAGCUGCAGGCAGUGAGGAUGCCUCAGCCUCCCAGUGUGUCCAAACAAGAUUGACAGGAGAAGCUUCCUGUCUUUAUUCUGGAGAUGUUCAUGUUCAGAUAAGCUCCAUGCCUAAAGAAUGUGCUGAAAAUCCAAGCUCCAGAAAUAUAAGGUCAGGUGUCCAUGGCUGUACCCAUGGAUGUGUACACAGUCGCUUACGGAGUCACUCCCACAAUGAAGCAAGGCAACCUGAUGAUACCGAGAUGGAGUCUGGAGAUCAUGGUAGUAGCUCCUUCUCAGAAUUCCGAUAUCUCUUCAAGUGGUUGCAAAAAGGUCUUCCAUAUAUUUUGAUUCUGGGUGUCAAACUUGUUAUGCAGCAUAUAACAGGAAUUUCUCUUGGAAUUGGGCUGCUUACAACUUUUAUAUAUGCAAACAAAAGCAUUGUAAAUCAGGUUUUUCUAAGAGAAAGGUGCUCAAAGAUUCAGUGUGCUUGGUUACUGGUAUUCUUAGCAGGAUCUUCUGUUCUUUUAUAUUACACCUUUCAUUCUCAGUCACUUUAUUACAGCUUAAUUUUUUUAAAUCCUACUUUGGACUAUUCGAGCUUCUGGGACGUACUUUGGAUUGUUGGAAUUACAGACUUCAUUCUGAAAUUCCUCUUCAUGGGCUUAAAAUGCCUCAUUUUAUUGGUGCCUUCUUUCAUCAUGCCUUUUAAAUCCAAGGGUUAUUGGUAUAUGGUUUUAGAAGAAUUAUGUCAGUAUUACCGAACUUUUGUCCCCGUACCAGUUUGGUUUCGUUACCUUAUAAGCUCUGGGGAGUUUGGUAAUGUAACUAGAUGGAGUCUUGGGAUAUUGCUGGCUUUACUCUACCUCAUACUAAAACUUCUGGACUUUUUUGGACAUCUGAGAACUUUUAGACGGGUUUUGCGAAUAUUUUUUACACGACCAAGUCACGGAGUGGCUGCCAGCAAGAGACAGUGUUCAGAUGUGGAUGUUAUUUGUUCAAUAUGUCAAGCUGAAUUUCAAAAGCCAAUUCUUCUCACCUGUCAGCAUAUAUUUUGUGAAGAGUGCAUUACCUUAUGGUUUAACAGAGAGAAAACAUGUCCGCUGUGCAGAACUGUGAUUUCAGACCAUAUAAACAAAUGGCAAGACGGAGCCACUUCAUCACACCUUCAAAUAUAUUAAGUUCUAAACUUAAUAUUAAGGCCACAAAACACUAAUUUUAUUUGGUUACAGUGACUAUUGGUAAAGACAUUAGAAUGGAUUUUCAGGGCUGGAAGUUAAGGAAAAUGUUUCCAAAUGGUUUUAGAAUAUUAUAAUAAGGCAAGUGUGUAGUCCAGCUUCUCAAAAGAUUAAAUGAAAGAACCCUAUAUUUAAAAAAAUACAUAAGUAAUGUUCAACAUAAUGCAUAUGCAACAUUUAUUCUAUCCUAAUUAUUUGACAGAUAAUUGCAGUGUUAAAUUGUAAAUGUGUUUUCUUGUUAACGUUACCAAAAUGACAACUGGAUAACUAGAACUAGUGGUUUUAGAGGAAUUCAAGUAUUCUUUCCUGACACUGUUUUCGGAAUAAAGAAUAUUUUUCAUAAUAUUUUAAGAUACACAUUACCUGAAAGUAGAAUUUUCUUUAACAUUGACUUUUAUAAUUCCCAUUCUAAAAAUUCUAAAAUUUCUCAUAAAAUUUGUAUUUUUAAAUGAAAGCUCUAAAUGCUAUAGUUUACCUGUACAAUCAGAUUUUUCUAAGGAAGAUUAAUUUACUGAGGAUGAAAUAUUUUAAUAUUGUAUUAUUCUCUGUAGUGUGAUUAGCAGUCAUUGAGAACAGAUGAUUUAAAUUC